GUACAUUCCUUUUCCGACCCCCCGAGUCUGCAACAGGCUUUUUGCUCAUUGUCUCUCUGUGUCUGUCUCCGGGCUAUGGAGUUCUCAGAGCUCAUUAAAACAUCGAAAGUUGACCAUGUGCUGCUCUCUCGGCCGUUCCUGCCGCCUGUGAAAGGCACUUUGUGCAUAACCAGCCACCAUCUGCUGCUCUCCUCCAGGGCUGGCGACAAAGAGGAACUUUGGCUGUUACUGAGGAAUAUAGAUGCCAUCGAAAAGAGUGUGCAGAACAUAAGUGGAUACCAAAGCAUCAAAUGUGUAAAUCAGCAGAAUGGAGACAGAUAUACAGGGUCUUCAGGGAUAAUAACUAUUAAAUGUAAAGACUUGUGUGUUAUGUACCUGGAGAUACCAGGAAUGGAAGAAUGCUUGAACGUUGCCAAGUCCAUUGAGUCUCUGUCUUCUCUGGAAUCUAUCAGACACAUGUACCCCUUCUUCUAUCGGCCAAAGGAACCGAACCUUCAGGAAGGCUGGAACUUAUUUACUCCUGAAGAACAGUUUACUAAGUUGUCUUUAUAUACCGAUAAUUGGAGACUCAGUUAUGUGAACAAAGAGUUUGCCGUGUGUUUGAGUUACCCUGAGGCAGUGAUUGUUCACAAGUCUGUUGAUGAUGCAGCUCUAAAGACCAUAGCCUGCUUUCGUCAAAGUGGACGCUUUCCAGUCCUGAGUUAUCACCACAAGAGGACUGGAAUGGUGAUAAUGCGGAGUAGUCAGCCACUGACUGGAGCCAAUGGCAAGAGAUGUAAAGAGGAUGAACAAUACCUGGCUGCUGUUCUCCACCCUGAUAAGAAAGGUUAUAUCAUUGAUACCAGAUCCACACAAGCUGCCCAUCAGGCAAAGGUGAAAGGUGGUGGCUUUGAAUCUAAAACUAAAUACCACAAUUGGAAAAGACUGCACAGGUCAAUAGAGAGGGGCAGAGUUCUUCAGGAAAGCCUGAUUAAAUUAGUCGAUGCUUGUAAUGACCAAUCCAAUAGCAUUGACAGGUGGCUUAGUAAACUGGAGGCUUCUAAAUGGCUGAGCCAUGUUAAAACUGUAUUGACUAUCGCGUGUCUGGCUGCACAGUGUGUUGACAGAGAAGGAAUGUCUGUCCUGAUCCAUGACUCUGAGGGGAGAGACUCCACCCUCCAGCUCACAUCGCUGGCACAAAUCAUUCUGGAUCCAGACUGUCGAACCAUUGAUGGUUUCCAAGCACUUAUCGAGAGGGAAUGGUUACAGGCAGGACAUCCUUUCCAACACCGCUGUGCCAGUUCAGCGUAUUCACAUGCCAAGCCGAAACAAGAAGCACCCGUCUUCCUCAUCUUCCUGGAUUGCUGCUGGCAGAUGAUCAGCCAGUUCCCUUGCUCGUUCCAGUUUAAUGAGCACUUCCUGAUCACAUUGUUUGAACAUGCCUAUGCAUCCUGCUUUGGGACAUUCCUGUGUAAUAAUGAAAAGGAACGGUUUACACUGAAUGUGAAGGAACAGACCAUUUCAAUUUGGAGUCGGAUGAACAGACCUUGUGAGCGAAAGCAAUACAUGAAUCCUCUGUACGAAAGAAACAACCUCGCCAUCUGGCCUUCUGUUGCUCCACAGAGUUUGCAGCUUUGGCAAGGGUUGUUCCUGAGAUGGAAUCGAUCACUAGAGCAUCAGAACGAGGCAUGGGAGCAGAUUCAUCACAUAAUGGAAUCCUCCAGGAGAAAACCACAUCCAACAAGUGCACAACUGUCUGCUCCGAAGGAAGACUGCUGAACGUCAGAGCUUUCAACAUUUGGUAUUCAGAGGCCACUGUCGAUCUGAAUGACUUUCAGAACUUUUCAGCCUCAUCCUUUCAAGAUCACAACCAGCUGGAGGGAUGUAGAAAAGACACAACUAUAACUCAGACUGUUCAUCCACCGAGAUCAGCGAAGGGAACUGAGUUGAAAGGAGAGUAGGAGAGAAAGCAGUUUCCAUCUUCAUUAACACAACAGUAGCUGAAUAAAAGUUUUAAAACUUUGUUUGUUAUUUUAUUAUUUGAGCUGCCAAUAGAAAACUGAUGAUAAAUCAGCUGUGAACUCAUUUCAGGUUAUAAGACUUUUCUCAUUACAGAUGACUCUCUCCUUAGCUACAGAUUUUUUAGUUAUAUUUAUACAUUUACUUGUUUCGACUCUGAUGUAGGUACGUGAUGAGGGGAGAGUUCAGAGCAGCCAAAUUGACUGGAGAGGCUCUCCAGCAUUGAAGCUGGGUCAGCUCACACCAUUCUCCUGAAUACUGCUUUUCAAAUAUAGGGAUAGUAUUUUUAGCUACAUUAUUUAACAAUUUUGUUAUAUUUUUGAAAUACUUUUGUCCUGAAGUUAUUCACGGUCAGAAUUUUUAUUGAACGCUUUUUGAUUUUUUUUACUGCAGUUAUAUAAAACCCUGGUUAGACCACACUUGGAAUAUUAUGUCCAGUUCUAGUCACCUCAUUAUAGGAAGGAUGUAGGUGCUUUACAGAUGAUGCAGAGGAGAUUUACCAGGAUGUUGUUUUAUGAAGAGAGUUUGAGUGAGCUCAGGCUUUUCACACUGGAGAGGAGGAAGAGGAGAGGUGUACAAGGUAAUGAGAGGCAUAGAUAGAGAAGAUAGCCAGAGACUUUCCCCCAGGGCAGAAAUGGUUGUCACAAGGGGUCACAAGUUUAAGGUGAUUGGAGGAAGGCUGAGGGGAAAUAUCAGAAGUAGGUUCUUUACACAGAGAGUGGUGGGUGUGUGGAAUGCACUGCCAGCAUUGGUAAUAGAGUCAGAGACAUUAGGGAUAUUUAACAAACUGCUGGACAAGCACAUGGACGGCAAUAAAAUGAGGGGUGUGUUGAUCUUAGAUUAAGAUAAAUGCUUGGCACAUUGUGGGCCGAAGGGCCUGUACUGUACUAUUCUGUGUUCUAUGAAUUGGCAAUUUCUCAUGUAUUUAUUGCAUUAUCAGCAAAAUUGCUUCAGUUUAUGUCGAGAAGUUCAAUAAGAGACUUCCGUUAAGAUUAUAAGAUAAUAUUUCAAAUUUACAGCUACAUAGAUAAUGUGAACAGCUACUUCCCUCUCUAGGAAGUGCAAUGGUCAAGAGUAGAGAUGGAUAUUGUAGGUAGUUGGGACCUUCAGCUCUCCAUACCUUAUUUUUUAAGCAAGAGAAAAGAUAUGAGCCCUACUUCAGGUUUACUGUCUCAGUAAAUAACAAUGUCAUUGUAUUUUACUAAAUGUUGCAUUUUAAUUGAAGAUCAUUAAAGGGGUUCAGAAUGUAGACAGGCAAUGCUAUGCCAUCCAGUGUUGGUAAAGAAGAACUGCAAUGAUAUUUGGUAUGGCUGGUUCAAUGGACAUGUGCCUAAACCUCACCCACCCAAUUCAAAGUAAAACCUCACACACUGAGAAGACACUGAACGAAGGAAGUGGAGAGGGCUGUAUAUGUUGUGAAUAUAUUUCAGGGACUGGAAUGGUAAUAAAUGUAGUUUGUUUCACAGAAUAAUUAAUAACAUUACACUGAAUACAUUUUCCCUUAUAUACAGAAUAAUCAUUACAUUACUGAAUAUCACUUCUGCAAAAGCAAGAUAUGUGUUUUGCAAAGUGACUAAGAAAUUUUGUGUUCAUGAG